AAUCAGUGAAUCAAUUAUGAAUGAAUGACGAUCAUGUUUAUUCUGUGUGUGUGCCCAAUGUUUUAAAAAUACCUUUUUGGUUUCUUGUUGAUCAACAAAUGUCUAUUCUGAUCUGAUUUGCACCGGUUAUUAAUAAUUAUCAUCAUAAUAAGUGUAUAAUGUAUUUAAAUCAAUAAUGAAUCGAACAUUAUUAAUGAAAACUAAUGAAAUAAGAAUAAUAACGAACGAAUCAAGAGAGGAUAACGAAUCAAUUGAACGAAUCAAUCGUCAUCGUCGUCGUCAAAGUGAUUGUGGUAAUGUGAAUGAUGAUAAUAAUGAUAAUGAUGAUUAUUCAACAUCACUUGGCAAUGAUAAUAGUUCCAUCAAUGAUAACCGCAACAACAACAAUGAUGAUGAUUCAAAUUCCAAUGAUUCCAAUGAUCAACAAAGAGUGAAAAUUCAUACAAAAAACAAUGAUAAUGAUGAUGAUAAUGAUUCACCAAAAACAAUUUGUUCAUCAUCACCGUAUUCGCCAACAUUAACAUCAACUUCAACAUCGAGAACACUAUUAUUUGGACAUUAUCAUCAACACCAACAACAACAACAACAACAAAUUCAUUCAUAUCAACAACAACAACAGAAUUUUAAUCAUCUUUAUCAACAACAACAACAAAAUCAUCGUGACAUGAUGAGAAACAAUAAUAAUCGACAACAACAACAGAAUAAUUGUUCGAAUUCAAAUUCCAAUUCGAACAAUAAUAAUAAUAAUACGUCAUCAAUGAAUGGAUCACAAUCACAUCAUGUUUCCGUUGCGAAACUAUCAAAUUAUCAUGAAUGUGCAGCGGCUGCAGCAGCAGCCGCUGCUGCUGCUGCUGCUUCACAUGUCCAUUAUCAAAAUAAUUCAACCAAUUUAUUCACUACAAAUGUAAGCAUGGCUGAUUUACAUGAUUUGACCAGUAGAACUGGAAUUGGUCAAACAACAUCAACCAUAACAGGCAGUAGUAGUGGUGGCGGUGGUGGUUCAAAUAAACCAACAACCAAUAACGAUAUGUAUCAUCAUCAUAUGAUGCAAACAACAAGACAACAUCAACCACCAUCACUACCGCAUCAUUCGCAUCAACAUCCAUCACAGCAUCCGCAUUCACAUCAUUUAACACAUCAAUCACAUACACCGGAUAUGCAUGAUUUUCUUACCGGAUCAACAAUUGCCGCUGCUGCUGGUGAUUGUCCUGUUAUGUCUACAGCAUUACCAGUUGCAUUAGGUUUAACAGCAAUGGCAGCCAAUAGCAAUAGUAAUGGCGGUGGUGGUGGAAAUAAUGAUUCAUCCGGUAGUGGGGGUAAUAAUAAUAAUAAUUCUGGUGGCAAUCAACAACAACAGCCAAUACAUUCACCACCACCAACAUCAUUAUAUUCAUCAUCAUCAUCAACACAUCAUCAUCAUCAUCAAGCCGCAAUGAACAUGAACGGUAUGAUAACCAGUCUUCAUCAUCAUCAUCAACAACAACAACAGCAGCAACAGCAACAAAAUCAAUUAUCAGCAUCAAUCAAUCAUUCAGCUGUUUCUAUACAAAAUCCAUUUCAUUCACAUCAUCAUCAUACGGCCAAUUCGUUUGUAUCAACAGCAGCGGCAGCUGUAGCAGCCGCAUCAUCACCGCAUCAUCCUCAUCAUCAUCUUAAUAAUCAUCUUAAUCAUCAUCAUAAUCAUAAUCAUCAUAAUCACCAUUCAACACAUCAAUCAUUAUCAGCUGCAGCAGUAGCUGUUAAUGCAGCAGCAGCAGCCGCAGCUGUAGCUGCUGCUAAUGCUGCUGAUCCAUCAACAUUGCUGUUAGAAUCGGCCGAUCCAAGAGAAUUGGAAAUAUUUGCCGAACGUUUUAAACAACGACGUAUUAAAUUAGGUGUAACUCAGGCUGAUGUUGGUAAAGCAUUAGCUAAUCUUAAAUUACCUGGUGUUGGAUCGUUAAGCCAAAGUACGAUCUGUCGCUUUGAAUCAUUAACCUUAUCACACAAUAAUAUGGUCGCAUUGAAACCAAUUCUACAGGCUUGGUUAGAAGCGGCUGAAGCUCAAGCACGUAAAAAUCGUAUUGCACGUGAAACAACAUUAGAUAUUUGCGUUCUACCAUCAUUGGAUAAAAAACGUAAACGAACAUCGAUAGCGGCACCGGAAAAACGUUCAUUGGAAGCAUAUUUUUCCGUACAACCAAGACCAUCGGGUGAAAAAAUUGCCGCAAUUGCCGAAAAAUUGGAUUUGAAAAAAAAUGUUGUUCGUGUUUGGUUUUGUAAUCAACGACAAAAACAAAAACGAAUGAAUCAACCGUCGGAUGACGAUUUUGUAAAUCAACAAACAAAAUUGAUAUCGUCAAAAUAUUCAUCAUCAAAACAUCCAACAUAUGUAAUAGUUAUGACCAUUUGUGGUGAACAAAGUUUUCAUCAAGGAAUAAUUUCAUUAAAAUCUAUAUUAAUUUUUCAUUCAAAUCAAAAUCAGCGACAACGACCAUUGCAUUUUAUCAUUAUGACCGAUCCAGAAAUGAUGAACGCCAUUAGCCAUGCGCUGGAUCAAAUGCACACCGAAUUAUCUUCGUCGUCACCUUCACCAUCAUCAACGAAGGAGAAUACAGAUAGAUAUUUUACAUACGAUUUAAAAAAAAUUGAAUAUCCAAAUAUGAAUACAAGCAAUAUUCAAAUAUGGAGAUCAUUAUUUAAACAAUGUGCAUCACAACGUUUAUUUUUACCGGCUAUUUUAAUCGAUUAUGAUUCAAUUAUUUAUCUAGAUACUGAUGUUCUUGUAUUUACACCGAUCACUCAAAUUUGGUCAUUUUUUAAUCAAAUGAAUCAAACACAAUUAGCUGCAGCAACAUAUGAAAGUGAAGAUUAUUCAAGUAAUUGGUAUUAUCGUUUUGCCCGGCAUCCAUAUUAUCCACCAUAUGGAUUAAAUUCUGGUGUUAUGCUUAUGAAUCUAACACGAAUGAGAAAAUUUGGUUGGACCGAACGUUUGCCGACAAUUUUAAAUGAAUAUCGUUCAAAAAUUGUAUGGGGUGAUCAAGAUAUAAUUAAUAUUAUUUUCAGUAAAAAUAUUGAUAAAAUUUUAGUAAUGGAUUGUUGCUGGAAUUAUCGACCAGAUCAUUGUGUUUAUAGUCAAACAUGUCGAUCAGCUAAACAAAAUGGUAUUCGAAUAUUACAUGGUAAUCGUGGUUCAUUUGUACAACCAGAUAAACAACCAAUAUUUAAAAAGAAAAUUUUACUUGUACUUAUCCUGAUUGAAUGGACAAUGAUUAGCUGUGAAGUUGUUAUCGAUCUUUAUACAAGCAGUAGCCAUAAGAAUCGGUCACAUCAUUCAAACAACAAUACGACAACAACCCCGACGGAAUUGGAAAAUAAUAAUAAUAACAGCAUUGAUUGGCAACAAAUUCAACAUUCAUUACAAUUAGCUAGUCUUUUUAUACAAACAAUGUUUGUUUUAGAAAUCAUUAUCAAAAUAAUGGUAUAUUGUUGUGGAUUUUUUCGUAAAAAACGUCAUAUUUUUGAUAUGUUUGUUAUUACAUCAUCAUGGAUAUUAUCAAUAAUAUUUAUGCAUUAUAAAUAUCUUCAUUAUACCGAGGCAAUUAGUUUGUUGCGUUUUUGGAAUCUUCUGCGUAUUAUUUAUGGUAAGAAUUAA